UCCCUUCGGCUCUCGAGUCCAUUUCCCCAGCUCGAGUGACACAAACACACCAGGCGAGCGCCGCCGCUGCCCAAGCCAGGAUCUUACAAACCCCUCUCCGCCGCCGCCGUCCCUGCCGCCGCCUUCGCCUUCCCCGCUCCGGGCCCGUCUUCUCGCAGGCGCGCCGAGCACCCGAGCCGAUCCCCUCCCCGGGGGCUGCACCGAAAGAAGCGCGCGGGGAAACUCCAGCUUGCAAGCAAGGCGAGGGGAAGGGGAGGGGGGCACGACGCCAGCUUCCUGCUUGCAAAGAAGGGGGGCGGGGGGAGAGAGAGAAGAAGAAGACGAAGAAGAAGACGAGGAGAAGCGGCGGCGGCGGCAGCAGCAGCAGCAGCAGCAACCCGAGCCUUUCACCGCCACGUUUCGCCCCAGAAUGCUUGCUGCUCACCGACACUGAAGGAGGCGCAGAUGGGGCCUGCCUCCUAACUCCGGUUCACGGCCCCCUCCCAAAUCCCAAAUCCCAAACCCGCAUCUGUCGUGGCGACCGCGGAGCGUCGCCUCUGGGGGCGGAGCCCACCUUGGUCUCUCCUUAUUGGUUCUGGAUGGAAUUGCGGUGAAUGGAACAGAAGCCCAGCACGGUGGAGUGCCUGUCGGAGCCAGAGGACACCCGGUGGCCGGAUGGGAAACGUAAAAGAAAAAGCAGCCAAUGUUCGGUGAAAAGCAGUAUGUCAGGGUACAUCCCUAGCUACUUGGACAAAGAUGAGCAGUGCGUUGUAUGUGGAGACAAAGCCACGGGGUACCACUACCGAUGUAUUACCUGUGAAGGCUGCAAGGGCUUUUUCCGGCGGACCAUCCAGAAGAAUCUGCACCCGACAUACUCCUGCAAGUACGAUGCCUCCUGCGUCAUCGACAAGAUCACCCGCAACCAGUGCCAGCUUUGCCGAUUCAAGAAGUGCAUUGCCGUUGGCAUGGCCAUGGACUUGGUGCUGGAUGACUCCAAGAGGGUAGCCAAGCGGAAGCUGAUUGAAGAGAACCGGGAGAGGCGGCGCAAGGAAGAGAUGAUGAAAUCCCUUCAGCACAGGCCAGAGCCAACCACGGAGGAGUGGGAGCUGAUCCACAUCGCCACGGAGGCGCACCGCAGCACCAACGCCCAAGGCAGCCACUGGAAGCAGAAGCGGAAAUUCCUGCCCGAAGAUAUCGGUCAGUCACCUAUGGCCUCCAUGCCCGAUGGGGACAAAGUGGACUUGGAGGCGUUCAGCGAGUUUACGAAGAUCAUCACCCCCGCCAUCACCCGUGUGGUGGAUUUUGCCAAAAAACUGCCCAUGUUUUCAGAGCUGCCUUGUGAGGACCAGAUCAUCCUUCUGAAGGGCUGCUGCAUGGAGAUCAUGUCGCUGCGGGCGGCUGUGCGCUAUGACCCUGAGAGCGAGACGCUGACGCUAAGCGGUGAGAUGGCCGUCAAGCGGGAGCAGCUGAAGAACGGCGGCCUGGGCGUGGUGUCGGACGCCAUCUUUGAUCUGGGCAAGUCCCUCUCUGCCUUCAACCUGGACGACACCGAAGUGGCGCUGCUCCAGGCUGUGCUGCUCAUGUCCUCAGACCGCAGCGGGCUGAUCUGCGUCGACAAGAUUGAGAAAUGCCAAGAGACAUACCUGCUGGCAUUUGAACACUACAUCAACUAUCGCAAACACAACAUUCCCCACUUCUGGCCCAAGCUCCUCAUGAAGGUGACCGACCUGCGCAUGAUUGGAGCUUGCCACGCAAGCCGCUUCCUGCACAUGAAGGUGGAAUGCCCCACGGAGCUCUUCCCCCCGCUCUUCCUCGAGGUCUUCGAGGAUCAGGAAGUCUAAGGGGGGGAAGGGGGGCAGACAGGGUGGCGUGGGAGAAUUGGGGAGAUGGGGCAGUUUGGGACUGGGGCGAUGUCUGGACUUCUGGGCCGCGGGGCCCCCACCCCCAACCUCAUCACCUCGGACACAACAGAUUUUCUUUUUUUUUUUGUUCUGUUUUGUUGUUUUCAUUUUUCUUUUUUGUUUUGUUUUUUCUAAAUAUUGCACGUCAGCGUCAGUGAAUCACAUGGAAGGGGAGGCAAGGCAUCGUGGAUGGGGGUCGGGCCACCAAAAAAAGGUCGAAACUAUACAACAACAACAACAAAAGAACCUUCGUUAUACGGUAGACUUGUGCAGCAGCCAAUACUUUUUUUUUUUGUCUAGGCAGACAAACACAAAAAAUUAAGUGGGCAAUAUGUUUCUCACUCACCCCCUGUUUAUCUUUCUUCCUCCAAUACCCUUUUCUCCCAAAGCUGUCUUUCCAGGGUGAGACAUCUGUCUUAAAAUUUUUGACACAAUGUUAAGGAAAUUAAUCCAUAUUUUACUCCCCCCCCCAAAAAAACCCCCCACCUCUUUGCCCUUCUCCUCAUUCAGUAGCAGUUCCCCCACCCCUGACAGCACUGGAACGAGUCAGCACCUCUUCUUUUGCCCUGAUCAAACCUCUCUCGUUUAAACGGACUUGAUUACCAAUAUAUAUAAAUAUAUAUAUGUUUCUUUUGCACAUAACAGUCCCAGGAAACGUCAGAGUGUGUUUGGUUGUUAUAUUCUUUUUCUUCUUCUUUUUUUUCUUUUAGAACUCUUAGCAUUUAGUUACCCUCCCCAGGAGGCUAAAAUAUAAAAUGCACUUUUUUUGUAAAAGAAAUAAAAGAUUUUUUUAAAAAAAGUUAAGAAAAGGAGCCGAGAGAGAGUGAGAGACAGAGAGAAAUCCUAUUAAAUUAUUGGAGGUCGGGUGGGGAGGGGACAUUGCUGCAGGUGGUUUGGCAAAACACAGGCGAUUAAGGAAAGACAAGAAAGAAACCCCAAAUUGAGGCUUAAGGUCCGCACGGGAAGGACAAAUGCACUUUGGAAAUAGGCAAAGGCUCCCCCUCUCCACUCCUCCCCCUAGUGGGAAAAACAGGUGAUUGAAUAAGAGAUCUAUUAUAUUUUGCUUCGAAUCGCACUGCAGGGCUGAACCGAAGAGGUGCCUGCUUUGUGUUCCAGUGCUGAGGGGGGGGUCCAGGACAGACCUCUGCCUUCCUCCCUGCCCCUGAAACUCACCCCCCCACCCCGCCCUAGGCUUCAGCCAAUCUACCUCCAUGUUGGGCAAGGUGGACUGGUCUAACGUGGCCCCGCCCAGUCUUACACUGCCCCUCCCCAAGCUGAAAGUCCGCAUGCAACGUUCCCACCGGGCUUCGGAAGGGCCCUUGCUCCUUCUUUUGCACACGCUUUCCCGCGCCGCGUGGCGGUACACUUCUUGCUGCACUAUAAUAACCUUGCUGCCCUCCCUUACGCGCUCUGCUCUCUGGGGAAGCGGCGAGCCCGGGAGCCCGGCUCCUCAGCCCUCCGAGAGAGCCAAGUAAGGGUUGAGUCCUUUCCCCCCCUUUCUCUUUAUUCGUCGUCGUUUUUUGGGGGGUGUUUUGUUUUGUUUUGUUUUGCAAAUGGCACUUAUCAAUACAGGAGAAAGGACGGCAUCCCUGCAGAGGUAGCAGCAUUCCUUCUGCCACCCAGACACCUACAGGCCACUCUACUAGCAUUAACAGAUCUGGAGGGCUCCUAACCGAACGGGGGAAGGUGCCAAGUGUUUGGGUUUUUUUGCCCGCCACUUAAAGAUUUCCCCCGCCCCGUAGCGUCCCACACCCCAUACACUCUUCAACCUUCAGGGCUGCUGUAGCACAGGUGAAUUCAUGCCCAGGGAAGGGUGGCAGGGCUGUGGGGAAAGGCCUUUCAAACUGGCUUCUCCGGGGCAGGGACAUGGGGAUAGCACUGCCUGAUCCAAUCCAGCUUUCCCCCCCUUUCAGAGGGACGUUGGGUCACCCCAUCUUCUGGUGCGCUUAUACCUCCUAACCACCCAGGGUGGUCGUGCCAGCCGACGCUUCACGCCAUGGGCAGAACCAGGCCCCCUUCACCUCAGGAGGCAACAACCAGGUGGGAGGAAGCCCAGCUGGAAACCUGGGCGCAUUUUGGAAAAA